CUCUCCACUCAUGCGGACCCGGCCGAGGCUCAUGGACUAGCCGGAGGUCUGUCGGGUGCUGGACUGUAUCGGGCUUGUAGCGGACUGGGUGGACCGGCGGACCAUGGCUGCCAAAGAGGACCUCUACAGUAAGAUCCUCCCUCGGAGGCUCCGGCAGAACCGGUCGGGUUCGGUGAAAUGUGGUUCUAACCUGGACGUGCUGUUAUCCAUGGGCUUCCCCAGACCAAGGGCGCUGAAAGCUCUGGUGUCAACGGGAGGUCGGAGUGUGCAGGCAGCAUGUGACUGGCUGUUCUCCCAUGUGGACGACCCGUUCCUGGACGACCCUCUGCCCAGGGAGUUUGUCCUCUACCUGCGACCCAGCGGACCACUACAGAACCAGCUCUCCCACUUCUGGCAACAGAGCCGGGUCACCUGUGGCAAAAACAAAGCCCACAACAUUUUCCCACACAUCACCCUCUGCCAGUUCUUCAUGUGUGCAGACCACAAAGUAGAAGCUCUAUGUGAGGCUCUUCAGACCUGCGUCCAGCAGUGGCGGGGGCGAUUCCCCAGCCCGCUGCCGCUUGAACUCUACACAUCCUCUAACUUCAUUGGUCUUUUCGUGGAGGAGCAGGUGGCUGACAUCCUGAAGCAGUUUGCGGCCGACUUCGCCACAGAGGCCGCCAGGAAGGCAGAGGUCCAUGUGGAGCCUCAUAAGAAGCAGCUCCACGUAACUCUGGCUUACAACUUCCCCACCAAUCACCUCCCAUCACUGGAGAAACUGGCCAAGGGAAUCGAAGUCAAGCUGGGCUGUGAUUGGCUGGCAGUCCUGUUCUCCCGGGACAUUCGUUUUGCAAACCAUGAGACACUGCGGGUGAUGUAUCCCUACAUGCCUCAGAACGAGGACGAGCUGGAGCUGGUCCCUGGCGACUUUGUCUUCAUGUCUCCGGUGGAUCAGAGUAGCACCAGUGAGGGCUGGGUGUACGGGACCUCGCUGGCUUCUGGGCUGUCUGGCCUGCUGCCGGAGAACUAUGUGAGUCUGGCGGAUGAGUCGGACACCUGGGUCUUCCACGGCUCCCAUUCGUUCUUCAGCUGUGGGCCCAGUGACAAGAGCAGCAAGGAGAGAGGGAUGUUUGACGGACUGCUGGACAGCCGACGCCCUGAUAACAGCAGUCCCGGAGACACGCCCACCCUUAGUCUCAUUUGUCAUCCAAUGCAGCAGGUCCUGCGGAUUAGUGGCAGUCACUCCAGGCAGCCUAAGCGAACACUUUUUGUCUGUCGGCACGGUGAGAGGAUGGACGUGGUCUUUGGCAAACACUGGCUCUCCCUCUGCUCGGACAGUAAAGGUAGAUAUGUACGUUCCAAUCUGAACAUGCCUCCCAGUUUGCCGCUGUGGGGAGGACAGAGAGACUACGACAUGGACGCUCCUAUCACUGUGUUUGGAUCCACACAGGCUCGACUAGUGGGUGAGGCCCUGUUGGAGAGUAACACAGUGAUAGACUUUGUGUACUGCUCUCCGUCUCUGCGAUGUGUUCAGACUGCACAGAACAUCCUGAAAGGUCUGCAGCAGGACGGGAAGCUGAAGGUGCGAGUGGAGCCGGGGCUUUUUGAAUGGACCAAGUGGGUUUCUGGGAACUCCCUGCCUGCAUGGAUACCUCCCACUGACCUGGCUGCAGCUCACUUCAGUGUGGACACAACGUACAGACCUCUGAUCCCAGUCAGCAAGCUCACUGUGUCCGAGUCGUAUGAGAACUACAUGAGCCGGAGCUACCAAGUGACCAAAGAUAUCCUGUCCGACUGCAAAAACACUGGAAACAACGUACUGAUUGUAGCCCACGCUUCUUCCUUAGAGGCCUGCACACGCCAGCUGCAGGGCCGCGGCCCACAGAGCGCCAAGGACUUCAUCCAAGUAGUCCGAAAGAUCCCCUACCUGGGCUUCUGCUCCUGCGAGGAGCAGGGAGACACGGGGGUGUGGCAAUUAGUGGACCCUCCCAUCCUCCCCCUCACACAUGGACCAAACCACUCCUUUGACUGGAGGGAGACACUUCUGCAAGAAUGACAUCUGAUCUGAACCGACAAGUUUCAGACCAGUGGCCCUAAAAAUACUGGAACCUUUCUCUCUUCAGCGUCUUUACACAGCUGACGGCUUCACAGCGACGGUCUGAGGAUGAGGAGCCGAGUACCAGCCGGUGCGUGGUUGGUGAACUGACGGCGCCCCUCUGAGGCUGGUUUCAACAAUGAUUUAGCAAAUGUACACUCUCAAAUGUCAUUGCAUUGUUUUGUUUGUUUAUUUGUUUGUUUGCAAGAAUGAGGGAGACGUUAGUUUGGGCAGUGUGGAUGUUAGCCGCACUAUGUUGGGGGAGCUGUCACUGAGAUCCAGCUGGUUUCUGUGUGGACGUUAUCAUCCCAGUCACAUUUUAUCACAUUUAACAGCGUGCUCUGUGUGUGACCAGUUAAAAAUAAUUUCCUACCAACAUGAAUGUAUCACAUGAAGAACGCAGGGUUACAGUAGACGUAGUGUGACACUGAAGGAAUGCCAUGAAAAGCAAAAGCGAUGGAGUUGGGAGGUUUUAGCUACCUGUAUUUUCAGCUACGGUGACUCAGGUUUUAAUUUUAACUCAUCAGUUUGGUUCAUUUUCACUGAAAUUUGUCUGUUUUUUACUGAGACAAAAAGUUUAAGUUUCCUGAAUACAAACUAAACUCCAAUUGGUUUACUUGCCCAAACUGAGCUAGCUUCACGUUCAACAUUAACGAGGCGUGCAAAAGUUUGGGCACCCCUGGUCAACAUUUGGUUUACUGUUAAGAAUUAAGUAAAAGAUGAUUUGAUCUCCAAAAGGCAUGACGUUAAAGAUGACACAUUCCUUCAAUAUUUUAAGUAAGAUUACUUUUUAAUUUCAAUCUUUUACAGUUUCAAAAUAACAAAAAAGAAAAAGGGCUUUAAGCAAAAGUUUGGGCACCCUGCAUGGUCAGUGCUCAAUAGCGCCCCCUUUGGCAAGUAUCACAGCUUCUAAACACUGUGUGUAUCCAGCUCAGUCUUUCACUUCUUGUUUGGAGGAUUUUCACCCAUUCUUCCUGCAAAAGGCUUCUAGCUCUGUGAGAUUCUUGGGCCGUCUUCAUGCUCUGCUCUUUGAGCUCUAUCCACAGAUGUUUAAUGAUGUUUAGGUCGGGGGACUGUGAGGGUCUCGACAAAACCUUCAGCUGGCUCCUCUUGAGGUCGUCCAUUGUGGAUUUGGAGGUGUGUUUAGGAUCAUUGUCCUGUUGUAGAAGCCAUCCUCUCUUCAUCUGCAGCUUUUUUACAGAUGCUGUGAUGUUUGCUUCCAGAAUGAAUCCAU